CAACAAAGUUAUGGCUUCUAUCUGUGAACAGAAGCUGCAGCACUUCAGUGCUGUAUUCCUGCUCAUCCUCUGCUUGGGAAUGAUGUCAGCUGCUCCAUCCUCUGAUCCAAGUUUGGAUAAUGAGUGGGAAGAAUGGAAGACGAAAUUUGCAAAAACCUACAGUCUGGAUGAAGAAAGACACAGAAGACUAGUGUGGGAGGAGAAUAAGAAGAAAAUUGAGGCGCACAAUGCAGACUAUGAGAAGGGCAAGACCAGCUUCUCCAUGAGCCUGAAUCAAUUUAGUGACUUGACUUCAGAAGAAUUCAGGACAAAUUGCAAUAGAAACUCAAUGUAUAGAGGAGAAAUGGCUCCUGAUUUGCCUAAAUAUGAAGAUUUGGGAAAGAACGGCUAUCUGACACCUGGAAGGGAUCAGCCAGAGUAACAGUUGUGGCUUGACUGGUAG